AUGAGUGGUUUAUUUUCUUGUUUUCAAUCGAAAAUUCCUCAAUCGUUAACAGCACAAGAAAUAAAUAUAUUAUCAUUAAAAACAAAAUUACCUCCUAAAGAUAUUCAAGAAUGGUAUUUACGUUUUGUUCAUUGUUAUCCAUAUGAAUAUUUAUCACGUCAACAAUUUAUUAAUUAUUAUCAACAAUUAAUUGAUGAAAAUAGUAUAAAAAUAAAAGGUUUAAUAAAAGAAUUAUUUGAUGUAUUUGAUUUAAAUAAAGAUAAUAAAUUAGAUUUUUUGGAAUUUUUAUUACUUAAUGUAUUAACUAAUGAUGGAUCAAUACAUGAUAAAUUAAAUGUUAUUUUUUUAUUAUAUAGUUAUGAAAAGGAAAAACAAUAUCACGAGACGAAUUAA